AAGCACUUAAAAUUGAUUAUAUUCUCUGAAAUAUUUGUAAUUUGCACGUACAUUUUAAAGGCAUCGGUCAAGUUAUACUUUUGCUAUGGUUCUCACCAUAAAAUAUGUUUUAAUCUUUAUUGUUAUAGAUGUGUAUCAAUCUGUUCAAUCUAAACGAGAAUGUUUGGGCCGCAGGGGUUGUUGUGAUGGAUAUCAAUUUGAUAAAGAUCUCCAGAAGUGUACAAGAUGUCCAGACGGCUUUGUUGGUGCGAUGUGUGCGUCACCCUGUCCUUAUCCUGGAUAUGGAUUUAAAUGCAAUUUAGAUUGCAACUGUACAAAAGAAUUCUGUAAUGUAACAAGGGGAUGUCCAUGGAAUUGCACAAAUAUUUUGAAUUGUUCAAGUAUUGCAAAAGUGGAGAAAACUCCACAACCAUUAGAAACGUCACACAUAUUUCUCUCAAAUUUACGGUGUUAUUAUUAUUAUUAUUAUUCUACUUUUAUAUAG